AUGACUCGUAGAACAAACUUGUCAUUGUUCUUCUCUUUCAUCGUCUUCCUAGUACAUAUCUUAAAUUCGGAGUCAAAAGGCCAUGAAGAGUGUCAAAAGGUUUUAAUAGAUGGUGGUGGUCUUAUUAAUCUUCAAGACUCAUUUUGCAACCCGGUUCAAAUAAAGAGAAAGACACCAGGAGGACCUGAUCCUAUCCAUAACCCGGGAGUGCCAGGUGGACCUGAUCCUAUCCGUACCUCGUUUCAGAUAAAGAGAAAGACACUAGGAGGACCUGAUCCUAUCCAUAACCCAGGAGUGCCAGGUGGACCUGGUCCUAUCCGUACCCCGUUUCAGAUAAAGAGAAUGACACCAGGAGGACCUGAUCCUAUCCACAACCCGGGAGUGCCAGGUGGACCUGAUCCUAUCCACACCCAAUUUCAAAUAAAGAGAAAGACACCAGGAGGACCUGAUCCUAUCCACAACCCGGGAGUGCCAGGUGGACCUAAUCCUAUCCACACCCAGUUUCAAAUAAAGAAAAAGACACUAGGAAGACCUGAUCCUAUCCCCAACCAUAGAGUGCCAAGUGGACCUAAUCCUAUCCACAACCCGGGAGUGCCAGGUGGACCUGAUCCUAUCCACACCCCAUUUCAGAUAAAGAGAAAGACACCAGGAGGACCUGAUCCUAUCCACAACCCAGGACCGCCAGAUGGACCUCAUCUUUUCCACAACUGA